CCGGUGAAAAAAAUACACAUUCAACUGUGAGAUACUCACAAGGUCGCUUGCCAUCUUUGAGAUAUGUAUUCAUCAUGAUGGAACAUCGGUUGGACAUUUUGGUCAUUUUGACUGCAUUUUUCCUCAGAAAUGUAUCUGCGUCACAUUUUCGGGGAGCAAUCAUAACAUGGAAACCAGGAGCGAGUCAGAAUGAAGUUAUAAUAGAUUACCGUAUAUCGUGGAGAAUGACAUAUAGUGACAGCUUCACGUGCGACGACAACACGAUACAAACAGGUGAAACAAUCGGCGGAGAAGGGACAAUCGAUUGCUUUGACAACUGCGCCGGUUCUCUUGGGUCUUUGCGUUAUCAGUGCACAGAUUACAGUACAAACGAAGACUGGUCAUCAGGGAAAGGACGAAUAACAGCUACCUUAACUAGCUCCUACUCGCCCUACACAUACUAUAAUUAUUAUCGUUCGUCAGUGUUUCACUUCGGAUUCGCAGGACAGGCCUGGAUAAACACUCUCGUAGUUGGUAGCGGUGGAUCAUGGCAACUAAAAACCACUGCUGAUUUGACAUAUAGAUCGGAUAUAGGGCGAAUAAAUUCAUCUCCGAGAGCGGAAGUGUCUCCUAUAGUUCGACUGCAACGUGGUUGUAACCAUACAGUCAUUAUUCCUGGUAAGCAUAAUCAUUUCGAAUUCAAAGUCCUUUGAUGCACGUCUUAUAUUGACGGAACGAGAUAAAAUAAAGUUUGAUUUGAUAUUAUUUAUUAUUGAUA